AUGAGUCGUAAAAGGACAACAGAAGAAUCUUUAAAACAAGAGUGUUUACUGAAUAAAAUUCCAAAAAUUUCUAAUUUUAUGAGAACUGUGACAAGUUCAAGAAAAUUUGUAAGUGAUGAUCAGCAAGCAUUAGGUGUAUACUCAGGAGUGCAGUCAAGAAUCAAAGCAACUAACCCCUUAGCAGAAUACGUUCCUUGUGCAGCACCUUCCUUAAAUUUAGUUGGAACUUGUGCAGCAGAAUCUAUGACCGAAGCUAUCUUAGUACAGCAUGCAAGUUUAAGACUGAAAAGCCUUUCUCAAACUCAUUGGUCUGCUCGACAUGAUGCUUGUUACGCAUUAGAAAAAGAGUGGUCUGGCACAAUUAUUGCAUUGAAAUUUAUUGCCGAAAACAAAUAUGAAAAACCUACAACACGGUGUCAGGCUAGGGGAUUGCUGCAAAAAUUACAGCAUUUGGAAACAGCAAUACUAGUCGUUGUUUGGAAUGCAAAUUUGAAACGCUUCAAUGCUGCUAGUAAAAAAUUUCAAGACUCAAAAUCUAAUUUAUCAUCUGUUUCACAAAUGUAUAGUCCUUUGGCAUUAUUUUUACAGAACAUGAGAGAUAAACAAUUUUCUGAAUUCGAGGAAAAGCCAAUGCACUUUCUGGGGCAGACAAGUCACAAGAGCAUGAGAGUAUUUUUAUGUGGAGAAGAAAAUUUUCGAAUAAAUAUUUAUUAUCGAAUUUUAGAUACUUUAAGUGUUCAAUUGGCAGGCCGUAAAAGUGCUUAUCAUACGCUCUAUGAAAAAUUUAAUAUUUUUGACCAUUUGUCUGAAAUGGAAACUAGAGAAUUAAAAAUUCGGGCAGAUGAGUUAGUCACAAAGUAUGCUGAAGAUUUGGAAGAAACAUUAGGAAAUGAAUGCAUUCAUUUACAACACCUACUCAUAGAAUCUUUUUCAA